AUGUCGGAUUACUUAAAAUCGGCGUUUGGAUAUUUAAAUGGUACUACUGGUACUAACGAAUAUGUGGGACAAGUGUUAGAAAUAAAUAAUGUAAAAUUACGAGUAAAUAGAUUAAUUGCUGAGGGUAAUAAAUUAGCAAUCAUCAAUGCAAAAUACUCACCACCAACUCCAAAUCCUCGUUAUGAAUGUAUUUAUGAGUUGGUAAGAGGUUGUUUAGAACCGUCUCCUAUAAAACGUAUGACAACGUCAAUUUUGUUAGAAAGAUUAGCAGCUAUUGCUGAAUCAAACAAUUUUGAUCCAAGAGAACCUGCUAAUAUAGAAAUAAAAGCUCCACCAGCACCACCGCCACGGAUCUCUCCGCCUACACAACCGUCAACUGUAAUACCAGCAGCAGCUUCCUCACGAUCUACCCCGCCAGCUUCAUCAGUACCUCAACAAAUGCCUGCAUUACAUCGGCCUGUUCCAGCGCAUCAUCCACCUUCUAAAGUUCAAGGGAUUCCAAGUUCCAGUCUUUUUAAUUCCUUGAAAGGUGGUGCAGGCAGUAUUUUUCGUAAUCUCAAAGAUACAUCUAGUAAAGUAAUGCAAUCAGUGCAACAAAGUAUGGCUAGAACUGAAUUGGAUGCUAGUUACUUAACAUCACGUAUACUAAUAAUGCCAUAUCCAGCCGAUGGUAUAGAAUCUACGUAUCGAGCUAAUCAUAUAGAAGAUGUACGAGCAUUCCUGCAAACCAGACAUCCUCCACCAGCAAAAAUUCAAUUGUACAAUCUUUCUCGGGGUCGGCCAAAUGUGACACGGCUUCCUGGAAAACACAUUGACUGCACAUUUGCUUAUUCUUCCCCAGAUUCUAAUGCUCCACUUUUAUCUGCUCUCUAUCAAAUUUGUCAAGAUAUUUAUAGAUAUCUUGAUGCUGACUUUAAUCAUAUAGUGGUGCUAUAUUGUGUAGAUGGCUGUAGAGCAAGUGCAACAAUCGCAUGUGCUUUACUACUUUAUGCCGGUGUCUUAUCCAAGCCAGAGGAAACAAUUGCACUUUUCACAACUCGAAGAUGUCAACCACCUCAAUUACAAGCAUCAGAAAUGCGAUCCAUAAAUUAUAUGAGCAUUUUACAUUCUGGUGUUUAUCCACAUACAAGACCUUUAGCAUUACGAUCUCUAAUAUUACAACCUGUACCGUUAUUUACUAGAGCUAAAGAUGGAUGUAGACCUUACAUUGAAAUUUAUAGCAAUGGUGCUUUUGUAUUUUCAACAAAGAAACCCGAAUAUGAAGAAAUGAAAUUAUUUGAUAUGAUGGAGGGAAAAGCUUGUAUAAUAAUUGGUGAUGCUACUGUUCGUGGUGAUGUUACUAUUGUUGUAUUUCAUGCUAGACAACAGCUUGGCAGGGUAAUUGGAAUUAAAAUAGCUUCACUACAUUUUCAUACGGGUUUUAUUCCACUAAAUGAAAGUGCAUUAAAUUUUGAUAAAAAAGAUUUAGAUGAUACUCCAGAAGUUGGAGGACAAUUUCGAGUUAUGCUUAAUGUUAUGGUUGGUGAAGAUAAUUUAAAACCAUCUAGAAUACCAGCCCCAUGGGAAGUAGAAGUAUCUCAUGAUGAAGACCUUAGGCCUGAUCCGUUAUUUGGUUCAACAUUAGAAAUGGAAGAAACACUUGAAAACUUUAGAACUCCAGGUAAAAGUAAAAUACCACCAAGACGACCUUCUCCACCAAUAAUAAAACGUGAAACAUCAAAAGAAGAUACUUCGGAACAAAUACCGUUGCAUCAAGCAGAAGAAGAAGAAGAAGAAGACGAAUACAAUGACAAUGACAAUGAUAAUAAUAAACAAGAAAAAGAAAAAUAUGAAAAGCUUCAAACAGAAGAAAGUGAAGUUAUUAAUUCACAACGCGAUAUUUUAACAGAAGCAGUUCUUUUAGAUUUUGGAGGACCGUCAUCAGGUGAACCUCCCUCAAAGAUUUCUUCCGUAGGGCCUACUCCAAAAUUAGAUAUAUUUUCAGAUGAUUCAAAAGUUCAGAAUGAUUUAUUUGGUAAUUUUUCAACAUUCAAUAAUUCAGUGACAACUGAAAAUACACGAGGAGUUAAUAAGUCAGUUUCAAAUAAUGUAUUCACUAAAAGUAGUGGUAGUAAUUCAUCGAAAGAUCAAACAGCUCAAAAAGGAACAGGUGAUUUCUUGUUUGAUCCUUUCGGUGGUAGUAGUUCAAAUGAUCUCUUGAGUAAUUGGGCAAAUACUGGAAAAACCUCUGGCCUAAAAACUCCAAAUGAAGACAAUUUUCCACGUAAUUCAAGUGUACCAAAUUUUGGAGCACAAAAUAAAGAUCCAUUUGCAAAUUUAGCUGGAUCUUUGGGUGCAGGUCUCAAUGCUAGUUGGAAUGGUACGCCCCGAGAUUCAAAUACUCCACAAUCGGCAAGCCCAGCAACUGCUGGUACGCCAAUUCAUUCUAGUCCGCGAAUGCCCAAUAAGGCUAGUGCGCCUACUGAGAGUAAUAAUAUAGAUUCAUCAAUCUUUAAUAAUAAACCAGCUAAUAAGCAUACUGAUGUAUUUGAAGAUCUCCUUGGUAGUCAAGGAUAUAAUUUCUUUAGUUCACGAAAAGCUGAUAAAGACAGCCCAAAGACUAUUAAUGAAAUGAGAAAAGUUGAAGCUGCUAAAACAAUGGAUCCAGACGUAUUGAAAGUAUCUGAGUGGACUGAGGGUAAAAAGGGAAAUAUUAGAGGACUUUUGUGUUCACUACAUACUGUUUUGUGGCCAGAAGCUGAUAGAUGGCAACGAUAUGAAAUGCAUCAGCUCGUUUCACCUGCAGAUGUGAAAAAAUCUUAUCGAAAAGCAUGUUUGGCGGUUCAUCCAGACAAGCAAUCUGGAACUGCCAAUGAAAAUAUUGCAAAGCUCAUAUUUAUGGAAUUAAAUAAUGCUUGGAGUGCAUUUGAAAAUGAUGCAUCACAACAGAAUUUAUUUAGUUAA